UCGGUUGAGUUUUCAGCGUUUGUUUUGUUAAAUGUCUCCAUCUAGUGUGGACUUUAAUACACCUUUUAAAACUCACCACUUUUAAGUAAUCCUAGUGUCUUUUAAAUUCAUUUUACGUUACACAUUAAAUUGCUCUUUUCGUCAACCGAAGGUAACGGCUGAGGAGAUGAAAGAGAAGGCGGCCAAGAAAACGCACUUUCUGAGGUAAACUGAGGUCUCUUUCUAGUUACUUAACGGUGUUCCGUGCACUUCAGGACAGACGCCGAACAAGACAACAGUGUUCCAAAUAUGCAGGAUCUGGUGGAUGAUGACAUGUGGCCUCAAAUAAAUGAGGUUAAUGUUCAGAAGCAAACCAAGAUUCUCAGUAGCUCGGUUUUAGCUUUCCAUGGUGGGUUGGCAUCCAGGAAGAGAUGUAUGUGGCAAUGGUACAAGAGGCCAUGAGGUUCAGUCGCUGACAUGAGUGGAGAACUGAGGAACUCUGAGGAACUCAUGUAUUGAGGCUGCAGGACAAGGAAAUACAACAUCUCCAAUCUUUCUUUUAGGAUUGAAGUAUAAAAUACAUCAUUAUUUAUUCAAAAAAGUUAUUACAUGAUUUUUUGUGUGGUGUUUUUUUAGAACAUCUAGUGGAAAAAGGUGGAUGGAAAUUCUACUUCUCUCUGUCUCUUCUUCAUUCCUGGUCGUCUCUUCUCUGUCUCAUCACUCCAUCCUUUCUUCCGUCCCUCCCUCUUGGUUGCUCUCCUGUUUCUCUAUCCUUAGUAUCUGCCACCCCUCCCUCUCUCUCUCUCUCUCUCUCUCUCUCUCUCUCUCUCCCUCUCUCUCCCUCCCUCUCUCCCUCCCUCUCUCUCUCUCUCGCUCUCUCUCCCUCCCUCCCUCUCUCUCUCUCUCUCGCUCUCUCACUGCAGUACACAGUGCUGGUAGCGUCGAGGGGCUGUGUGGAACAGAAGCCACUGCAGCAUGGUGCACUAGCGUCACACCGGUCCGGCCGCUCCGUGCACGUGUGUGUGUGUGUGUGUGUGUGUGUGUCUAGUGUCACUGGAUUAAAACACUGGGAUUUUCUGCAGCCUCAUCAUCCAAAUCUCUUUGAACCAAGCGGACGCAGCUCAGGACCAGAAGCUCCUUGACACAUCUGCAUUUUUUUCAUCCAGUACUUCCGUUGGACUAUCUUCAUCAUGUGAACAUAUUGGUGAUAUUUUUUGGUUGGAUGCGGCUGGAUUCAGCAGUACUGUGUGUUGCUCUUGGACACUCUAGUACACGCGUGUACAUCUUUCGGCGUGACAGCCUGACGUGUGGAUACUGCAGCACUCUGGUGUGAAGAUAAACCUGGAGGGCAUGAGGACCCAGUUGAGCACCAGGCUUUGAGCUCCUGACACCAUCACUGCUAUCGCUGCUGCUGAUACUGCCAAGGAUGCUCAUGCCUCGUGAAGGUGGCCGGGAUGAAGCUCAUAAGCUGCACAGGAAAUGGAUGAAGCACCAGGCCUUCAUGGCCGAACUGGCUCGCAACAAAGAAUGGCUCGCCAAGAUAGAACAGGAGGGCAAGGAACUGGUUGAAGAGCAGCCCGAGCUCGGCCCCGUGGUGCAGCAGAAGCUGAAGGAGAUGAGAGAAUGCUGGACUCACCUGGAGAGCACCACCAAGGCUAAAGCGCGCCAGCUGUUCGAGACCCAGAACCACCGAACCACAGAGCCACCGCACCGCAGCCUGUCUGACCUGGACCAGCAGCUCAGCGUGCUCCAGGAGGAACCACCUCACGCCUCACACGCCACCCACUCCUCACAUACGUCCCACACCAGCCCCUCUACCAGCACAGUCCUCCUGCAACCACGCACCACCUUCAGCCAGCAGCUGCAGAGGAUACAGUCGAUGGAGGCUCAGAUGCAGCUCUAUCCCGGUGUAAUGGAGCUGAGGUCCGACAUAACCAGGCUAAGCGAUGUGGACGGAACAGAGCUGCUGCUGCAGCGCGGCCCAAUGGGAGUCGAGGGCGAGAGCUCGGGGGGCGCGGAGGAGACGCGGAUCGUACGUCUGAUCGAGCCGCUGAAGGAAAGGAGGAGGAUUCUUCUGGCCUCCAAAGAAAUGCACCAAGUCACGCAGGACCUGGAAGAUGAAAUUGUGUGGAUUCAGGAACGGUUGCCUUUAGCGUCCUCUAAGGAAUAUGGCACCAAUCUACAGAGUGUUCAGCAGCUUGUAAAAAAUCAUGAGGCUCUGCAGAUGGAGACGCAGGCUCGGAGAGGGCGUGUGGAGGAGGUGCUGGAGAGGGCCGAAGCCGUGGCCGCUCUCCGGACUCCGGAGGUCGAGAUCGUGAGAGAAGGAGCCGUGCAUGUGAGGCAGCUGUGGGAGGUGCUGCAGGUGGAGGCCGAGCGGCGUUCGGUGAUGCUGGAUGCCGUGAGCACCGCUCAGCAGUACUACACCGAAGCGGCAAAAGCAGAGUCCUGGCUCAGCGGCCAAAAACUUCACGUUCUUAAUGAAGAGAACGGCAGCGAUGAAGCGAGCACUCUGAGGUUGCUAAAGGAGCAGUUAGCUCUAGAGCAAAAGGUGGAGAACUACUCUGAAACCGUAGGCUUCCUGUCUCAACAGUGCCGCCGCAUGCUGGAGCUGGGUCACCCCGACAGUGAGCAGAUCACCAAGCAGCAGGCUCACAUCGACCGGCUCUACGUGUCCCUGAAGGACCUGGUGGAGCAGAAGAAGACCAAGCUGGAGCAGCAGUACUGGCUCUACCAGCUCAAGAGGGAGGUGGAGGCUCUGGAGAAGUGGAUCUCUGAGAGAGAGGCCGUAGCCAGCUCCACUGAGCUGGGUCAGGAUCUGGAGCACGUCACGGUGCUGCAGGAGAAGUUCACAGCGUUCCGGGCCGAGACGAGCGCCGCCGGUCAGAAGCAGAUGGACUCGGUGAACAAGAUGGUGAACGAGAUGAUCGACUGCGGCCACGCCGACGCCGCCACCAUCGCCGAGUGGAAGGACGGCCUGAACGAGUCAUGGGCCGACCUGCAGGAGCUGAUGGAGACCAGAGCACAGAUGCUCGCCGCCUCCCACCAGCUUCACAAGUUCUUCACCAACUGCCAGGAGGUGCUGGUGCAGAUUGAGGGUAAGAUGAGGCAGUUACCGGAAGUUCGUUCAUGCCAGGUGAGCACCGCAAACCCAGGUACACUACAGCGACUGCUGCACUCCUUCGAACACUCACUACAGCUGCUGGUCUCACAGGUACGUCAGCUGCAAGAGAGCGCAUCACAGCUCCGUGCGAUCUACGCCGGCGAAAAGGCCGACGCCAUCUUGGUCCGUGAGCAGGAGGUGAUGUGUGCGUGGAAGGAGCUCCUCGUGGCGUGCGAGGGCAGCCGUGUGCAGGUCACCACAGUGACCGACAAGAUCCAGUUCUUCGCCAUGGUGCGCGAGCUCAGCAUGUGGAUGGAUGGAAUCAUGGGACAGAUCAGCCCGGCCGAGGACGCACGGGAUACGUCUUCUCUGGAGAAUAUGAUCUCUCAGCAUCAGAACCUAAAGACUAAGAUCGAGACUAAGAGCAAGAGCUUCAUGCACUGUGUGGAGAUGGGCAAGAUGCUGCUCGCCGCACACAAUCCUGCCGCUGAGGAGGUGAAGGAGAAGCUGGAUUAUGUGAUGGUGAAGCAGAAAGAACUGAAUGAUAAGUGGGAGCAGCACUGGGAGAAACUCCAGCGCAUGCAACAAAGGGUACGGGCCACCCAGCCGAGCAGGGUGGAGGGGGUUUGGCGUAGUCCAAGAGAAUCGAUAAGCAGUGGUGGUGAGGCAGAAGGCGGAGCCGAUGAGGUGGAACAACUGAUUCGUCGACAUGAGGCGUUUCGGAAAGCAGCGUCAACAUGGAAGGUGCACUUCAACUCUUUACGGCAGGCAGAGAAACAUAAGGAAGAGCAGAGCAGACAGGCCUCCACCUCGUCUCUUCUCAACAGACAGAUGUUCCCUCUCUCCUGCCUGGUGCCCAGCUCCUCCUCGUCCUCUUCUUCAUCGUCUCUUUUCCGGAGUCCUCUGCAGGACACCCUCUUCGAGCCCAAAUCUGGUACAGACCUCACACACGCCCCACAUUCUCUGGCCCAGAGACUUGGAUCUGCCCUGAACCCAUACGCUCCGGUCAUGAACGGAUCCCCCUACCACGGGCUCAGCCAACAAGUCAGCGUUUUGGGUGCGAACAGCUCCAGCUACACUGGAUUAAACCAACAGGGUGUUUUAGGAGUGGACAGCUCAAGUUACACCGGCCUAAACCAAAUGGGUGUUUUAGGGGCAGACAGCCCCAGCUACACUGGAUUACACCAACAGAGUGUUGCCGGGGCCAAUGGCCUGAGUCCCCUCGGUGCCGCAGGGGUCAGUGAACCCAAAACGGCAUUCGCCUGGCAGCACCUAAAAACCGACUUUCUCCAGCCAAGGAUCAACCACAUGCACAAGGCCGUGGCACCUCUGAUGGAGGCCCACGCUGGGCACCUUACCUCCGCGGGCAUGCCGAUGGGCGUGGAGCCGUCCCUGGAGCUGCUCCACGGGCGGCUGCAGAGGGACCCGCGCGGCAGCCGCUCGGACCCGCAGAUGGACCACCUGCGGCGAGAGAGGGAGUACCGGCUUGGGCGGCACACCUCCAGCGAGCAGGAGAUCCAGGCACGGCUCAACGAGCUGCCCAUGAUCGUGCGCCAGGAGCGGCACCAGCGUCGCCGACUCGAGCGCCAAUCGUCCAGCGAGCACGAAGGCAGCGGCAAGCACCGGCAGCACCGGCCGGACUCCAGUGACCAGGAGUCGGGAAAAGAAGGGUCAGACAAGCGACAGACAGGGGACAGGCGCACCACGAUGGCUGAGAUCGUGGAACAAGUGCAAGAGAGAGAAGCGUGUCAAGCAAGAGGGGAGGUGUACCGUCCACCCAGCAGUCUUUCUGCCCCCGUGUCACGUUUUGACCGGCCUCGAGCUCGCGAUCGACCCAAACCACGCCGACGGCCACGGCCCAAAGAGCCCGAGGAGACACGGCGGUCGCGCUCGGCCCCGGCUCAAAGCGCACCCAGCACCCCACAGCCUCCCACUCACACCGUCCACCAAGAGGGCUUCCUGUACCGCAAACACGAAGAGGAGGGCAAAGAGAAAAGCCCCAACAGCAAGUCGUGGGUGAACCUGUACUGUGUACUCAACAAAGGAGAGAUCGGCUUCUACAAGGACGCAAGGAACACCACCGCUCCUUAUAACGACGAGCCACUGCUCAAUCUAGCGCUCUGCACCUUCGACACCACCAACGGCUACAAGAAAAAGAAAAACGUCUUCAUCCUGAGGAGUGAAACUGAAGGGGACUAUAUCUUCCUGGCAAAAGAUGAGGAGGACCUGAAACGCUGGGUGAACAGCAUCAACACCAGCCUGAGCGAGAUCGAAGAGAUCGCCAAGUGGGAGAAACCCACCACCUCCUCGACCGACCCCGACAAAUCGGAACGCAAGGAGCGCUCGGAGGGCGCGGAGCCGUCCGAGAAGUCCGAGCGGUCGGACCGAUCGGAAAGGCGAGAGGGAGAGAAAAGCUCCGAAAGCUCCGAUAAGAGGGACACAUUGGAGAGAGUGAGGCUGGAAAGGCGAGCGAGGGACAGGGGAGAGAGAGCGGAGAGAGAGCGCGCGGAGAGAGAGCGAGCCGAAAGAGGAGAGAGCAGAGACCGGGAACGAGGAGAGAGGGCGGAGAGAGAGAGAGCCGAAAGAGGAGAGAGUAGAGAACGAGGAGACAGAGCAGCAAGGGAGCGAGAGCGAGGGGGGAAAGAACGAGGAGAAAGAGACAGAGGAGGAGAGAGAGAACGAGGGGAGCGAGGAGAGAGCAGGGACAGAGAACGGGGAGAGAGAGGCACAAGAGAGAGGGGCGAGAGAGGAGACAGGGAACGAGGCGAGCGAGAAAGAGGGGAGAGAGGAGAAAAGGCCGAGAAGGGAGAUCGGAGUUCUAGGGGUUCCAGCACAUCUGGGAAAAGUAAAUGAUGCAUUGGACUCAUCCCUCUUCACACCUUUAUCCUUUCAUACCUUCAUCACGGGAGGGUUUUCUGUCUCCGUCUCUACAUGUGUCGUGGCCGAUCACGCCACGAGACGCUCGUGAGGUUCUCUCGUCUUCGCCGUAUGUCUGCACCCUGAAGAGAAAGCCCGUCGAACUGUUCAAAUUCCGAUCUUACGAAACGAAUAAGCAAAUCACUCGAAUAUUUAAAGAAAAUCCUGUAACGAAAGCAAUAUGACGCGUGCAGUGAGCAGCGCUCGGUCCCGUCCUCCUCCGAGCCGUCUGUGUGUGUAGAAGAACGGGAGAGAGAGCGUUAAUGAUCGAGGGAGGCCGGGAGUACAGAGAGGUGUGUUUGUUUAGGAUACGUGAAGAUGCUCAGGACUAGCAAUGAAAGCGCUCGUGCCAUAAUCAGAUAGUCAGCGUCACCUUAUCGGCCCCAAAAAUUAGGUCAAGACGUCGGUUUAGGAUAGAUCGUGAUACCGUUCAGAUCGUAACCCUGCUUUCGGUAGUAAAUGUUAUCAUCUGAAUAGUUUGCUUCUUCGGUUUUGAAUCAGAUGUAGCUGUUGGUUAAGUAUCGUGCAACCUGAUGCGCAGUGGUCUAAUGCGAGAGCCCACCACCGGUCCAGCUGUUCGGUUCCAAUCCCAAACAGGCACCAUCCAUCUCUGCUUCAGAUUUUCCAGCACCAGUUUAGAGAAGGCAGCAAGCCCUGUAAAGACAUGAAGAAAAGCUCAAUUUAAAGACACUCCAGUGGCCUGCACAGGGGCGCAACUUCGUAAUGAACUGAGGUGAGGCAUCAACCAGUGCUGUCAUUAUUUGACAGAGUGGACACAAAUCCCCACAGACAUACUUCAAAGUCUUGCGAGAUGCCUCCUCGGACUUCUCUAGCUGAAGAGAUCACAUAGAGGUCACUCUGUUUAAUACAGCUUGUUUGGGAUGUUCAACAAGCUCAUGGUCAGGUGUCCAAAUACUUUUAGCCAUGCAGUGUAUACAUACACAAUCAUAUCUUAAUUUUUACUUGAAUGUGUGACAAAUUGGUUUUACAGGGUGUCUGAGUGCGAGGCUACAGAAUCACUUAAAUAUCAGGGCAAGAGAGGAGACGAGGUGAGAAAGGAGCGAGGAAAAAAGACUGAAAAAGGAGAUUGUAGUUCAGAUUCCCUUAAAUAUUAGUAUUAUUUACCCUGCGCAAAACUAAAGAAGCAAACACACGACACAAGGCAAAGGAAGAACAACGUGUAAAACAGAUUUUUUGGUCAAACUAAAGGUCAGGAAGCAUCGAAUCGAUUAACAUCCAAACGACGUACUGACCUGCGUGUGAAGUUCCGAGUCUUAAAGGCACCGAGUCCGUAUGCGUGACCUGAUUGACUUUAUUCCUCAGGCUAUCGCAACACGUGAAACGACUCAGAGCGACGUUAAAUGUAGGAACAUGCUGCUGUUCACCCUGAUUUCUCCUUUACCUUCAUCCUCGGAUUGUAUAACGAUUAGUAAAUCGGAGCUAGGGUGUCUGUGAAAUUGUAAUGCUAUUAAAAACCUUGUAUAUAUCUAUACAUAUAUAAA